UAUUACUGCUACUCUCGCGAUACUUUAUCUCAUCUACGCCUUUAUCUUAGUAAGUCUCGCGAUGCUUAAAUGCACCAACGCGAUUGGAUUAAUUCAACUCUCGCGAGGAUCCGGUCUCUUCCUAGGCCGUCACUGACACAGAGACUAAGGCCAUGUUCAGUACCAGCGCCAAGAUCGUGAAGCCCAAUGGCGAGAAGCCCGAUGAGUUCGAGUCUGGGAUCUCCCAGGCUCUGCUCGAGCUGGAGAUGAACUCUGAUCUGAAAGCUCAGCUGAGAGAACUUCACAUCACAGCAGCCAAGGAAAUCGAGGUUGGUGGCAGCAGGAAAGCCAUCAUCAUCUUCGUUCCUGUUCCUCAGCUUAAGUCCUUUCAGAAGAUCCAGGUGCGUCUGGUGAGGGAGCUGGAGAAGAAGUUCAGCGGGAAGCAUGUGGUCUUCAUUGCACAGAGGAGAAUUCUGCCCAAACCCACCAGGAAAAGCCGCACGAAGAACAAGCAGAAGCGUCCCAGGAGCCGUACGUUGACCUCCGUCCACGACGCCAUCCUGGAGGACCUGGUGUUCCCGAGCGAGAUCGUGGGUAAGAGGAUCAGAGUGAAGCUGGACAGCAGCCGGCUCAUCAAGGUCCACCUGGACAAGGCUCAGCAGAACAACGUGGAACACAAAGUGAGUUUCUGUUCAGAGAAGCUUCCUUGUCUCAGGCUGAUCCAACUGGCGCUUUUCCAGGCUGUUUUCCUACAGCCAACCAGGGUUCUAAUCAAUGUUCCUGUCCUGAUUGGAUGGUGAAUGAUUCCCACAUUU